UCGAGGCUCGAGUGGGGCCCAAGCUGGCCCGUAUAAAAGGAGGCUUCAAGACAUCCACGGAGCAUCAGUCCUCAAAUCAAGGAACAGCAGCAACCAUGAGGGCAUUCAUGAUCCUGGCGCUCGCCACAGCGGCGAUGGCGCGACCGGAAGCCGGAUAUUCUUAUAGCCAGCCGAGCCCCAGCUAUGGUGCUCCUGGUGGAGGCGGUGGCAUCAGUAUCGGUGGCGGUCAUGGAGGCGGCAUCGGCGGUAUUGGCGGUGGACUCGGAGGUCUCGGUGGAGGUCUCGGCGGAGGACACGGUGGCGGCAUAGGAGGUGGAUUUGGUGGCGGUUCCGGCGGUGGAUUCGGCGGUGGUUUCGGCGGUGGAUUCGGCGGUGGUUCGGGUGGUGGAUUCGGCGGUGGUUCGGGUGGUGGAUUCGGCGGUGGCUCGGGUGGUGGAUUCGGCGGCGGUUCCGGUGGUGGAUUCGGCGGCGGGUUCGGUGGCGGCGGCUCCUUAAUUCAGAAGCACAUCUACGUGCACGUGCCACCCCCAGAGGCGCCAGAGGAUAGGCCAAUCAGGCCGAUUGCGCCACCAGCUCCUCCGCAGAAGCACUACAAGAUUAUCUUCAUCAAGGCGCCGACUCCGCCGACCCCGACCGCUCCUAUAAUCCCGGCGCUGCCGCAGCAGGACGAGCAGAAAACGCUCAUCUACGUGUUGGUCAAGAAGCCCGAGGAAGCGCCCGAGAUCAGCUUGCCUACCAUCGCGCCUACUCAGCCCAGCAAGCCGGAAGUCUAUUUCAUCAAAUACAAAACACAGAAGGAAGUUACGUCCGGUGGUGGCGGUGGCGGUGGCGGUGGCAUCGGUAUCGGCGGAGGUAUUGGAGGUGGAAUCGGAGGCGGUAUUGGAGGUGGCAUCGGAGGCGGUAUCGGCGGAGGUCACGGAGGCGGCAUCGGCGGCACCGGUAUCGGAGGUGGCGGAAUCGAUGGAAUCGGAGGCACCGGACCCAGCGGACCCAGCACGAAUUACGGGCCACCCGGUGCGUCCGGGCCAUACUAGUCAAUUCACUACCCCCGCGGCCCUACCAUCCCCCUCCUCCAUUCACCUACCACACACACGCACACAACGCUCACAUACCUCUAACAUAAGAAUCAGCGACGACGAAUUUUGUCGUGUUGACGUAUCACUGUGUUAUACGCGCGACAAUCGCCGCGAGAAGACGAAGAGGAAGAACGCGACCGCGACGACGACGACGAAGGCGGCGAUGAUGAUGAUGAUGAUGAUGAUGAUGAUGAUGAUGAUGAUGAUGAUGAUGAUGAUGAUGAUGAUGAUGAUGAUGACGACGAUAUUGAAUACGAUGACGACUGCAACGACGACGAGGCUGAUGAUGAUGGUGAGAAUAAUGAUAUCGAUGAUCACAAUGACGACUACUACGAUGGUGAUGAUGACGACGA